AUGACAUUGUAUUCGGAAGAAAGCGGAAGCCCUAGUAUUCCACAUAAUCUACAUAGACACCUUUCCACGACCAUUCCCAGCCAGACUUCAACUUUUCCCAAAUCAUCCAGAUUCUUUGAUACAUCCACAUUACCAGAUUUGAAACAUCUUGAAGUCAGCGACGAGGAGCACCACCAGGUGUUGUUUAAUGGUCAAUUGUCGAAUUUCAACUACAGCCCGUUUAAUAUAUCUCAACAAAAGUCAAAAGCCUCUCCGCCGAUACAUUAUGGCCUGAUACCAAACAAAUUCUUCAUUGUCCCGUUUCAUCACCAAGAAGACAAUGAAAUUCCAUUUUUGCAUAUCAAUGAAGAAAUAGCAAAAGACCCCAUUUCAUUGGUUGAUAGUCUACUGGAGUUGGGGAAAAAGUAUGGUGCCGUAAAAGUGAAACUACCGGUAAAGGACGAGGCAUUGUUUCAAACUACAAAUCAAGUUAAUUCUGAUUUAUUUUGGUUUCACACUGAUAAAUUGUUGAAUAAUCCUAAAAACGAUGAACUUAUUGUCAGACUCAAGUUUCAUCGCGAUUUACUUGAAUUCCAUCAGAGUGACCAAUACCAUUACUUUGAAGAUCCUGAGACAAGAAGGCCAAAGGACAAAAAUGGCACUAACAAUUUACAAUUUCACUUAAGUAAACUACCCAUGAUCGAUAAACGCCCCUUGGAUUUGUAUAAAUUAUAUCAGUCGGUGAUAGUACGCGGCGGUUUCAUUGAAGUUAUAAAUAAAAAACUUUGGGCUCAAAUAGGGCGAGAGUUAGGCUAUAAGGGUAAAAUAAUGACAAGUUUGAGUAGUUCAUUAAAGGCAUCGUAUCAAAAAAUUUUGUAUCCGUAUGAGUUGUAUGUUGCCAAUCGAAAUAUGGGUAUGGUCAAAGAAGAACAGACUAUGGAAACAUUGCUGCCAAGUGGCAAACGUAACUUACAACCGUUGGACAUGUCUGAAAAGAAAAUAAAAGUAGACAAUCGGUACUAUGCUCCAAUUAUUGUUGGAUCGGCAAAGCAAUUUAAGCGUCAAUUCAGAACAAAAGUUUCAAAAGGAAUAUUGGCUAAUUCUCCCCAUCUAAUAGACGUCAAACAGCCAAACACUUAUGUUAUCAAACAAAAUGAUAAGAAAAGAAAUAAAAGAGCUAUGGACAUUGUCAAUGCAUUUAUAACCCCCCAAGCUUUGCUUUUCGCAAGCUCAUCCUACAUCAGAGAUCAUCAAGAUGGAUCCUCUUUAACAGAGGUGCCUAAAAUUGCUUCGUCCUACACCUUGAGACAGUUUAUGGAAAAGGAUAUAAAAUUUCAAGAGUACAUCGUUCAACAGAAUAAAGAUCUAUUCCGUGCAGAUCCUGGGCAGCGGGAUUGCAUAGGGUUUAAAGAGCUUGAAAGUUUAUACUGGAGGUACAUCAGAAAUCAAGAUGUUGAUCUGGUAUUUUCCAAUGGUAUUGAGCUCGAAAUGGGUAAAGAUUUGCCAAGUUCUGUCCACGGAUCCGGAUUUGUGAGAAUAGGCGAUGAUAUGUCAAAUUUCAAAAAUGCACUUAAUAAUCACCAAUUGAGUUUAUCACAUGCGAAACAGGCUGUAAAUGCAAAGAACCCAAACACUACACCUCACGGCUUUUCACAUCAGAAUCCCUGGGAGUAUAAUCAAGCCACAAGUAUAGAUAGGACAAUGGAGUCUGCAUUGUACCCUUGGAACCUUCACAACUUCUCAACUCUACCAAAUGCUAUACUAGGUACAUUGAACGAAUCGGAUAUCGGAAACCAGGAGUUGACUGAGACUAGAGUGAAUGUCGGGAUGACAUUUAGCACAGAGAAUUGGACAUGUGAGGAUCACUUUACUCAGUUGAUUAAUUAUCACUUCUUUGGAGCGCCAAAACGAUGGUACUUCAUACCGGAAUCUGAAUUCGAAAAGUUCGAGCAGUUAGUCAGAGAUGCGACCCACGAUGUGAUGUUGGCUUCAACCGUAAAUCACGAUGAACCCGUUGACAUGGACAAAGUAUGCGCUGCUUUGUUUAGGUCCAACUGUGACGAAAUUGAUACAGAUUUGAUUAUUAAAUCCUUGGAGAACUCAGUUAAUGCAAAGCUGGAUGUUAAUCUACAGCAUGGAAAUGCAAAGCUUGACGCUAUAUGCCAACAUAAAGAGUUUAAAUAUAAUCAAGAUUUGAGAAUAACACCAGAAUUACUCGAAAAAAACAAUAUUCGUUAUACGACAACGGUACAAAAUCCAGGUGAAUUUAUCAUUAAAUUUCCUAAAACUUAUUCAUCGGCUCAAUCUUAUGGAUUUAACUUCACAGAAGAGACAAAUUUUGCAUCUAGUUUGUGGUUGGAUUACGCAAUAGAGGGAGAAAACUGGUUAUCAAAGCAAGGCAUUUUACCCAAUUUUCUGGUAUUCAAGCUUCUUGUUACUGUGGCUAUGAUCUAUGACAAUGGUGGCUAUAUAUCCUUCAACUCUGAUGUUUUUGCAAGAGUCGCAAGUCUCUAUGAGGCUUUGUAUCUCAGAGAAAUUGAAUUGCGAGACAAGAUUAGAAAGCUAAAAAUAAAGGAGACCAGCGUCGUUGAGGAGUCAUUGUCAGAUAUAAUUGCUGAUGACGAUCAUAGUUCUAUCUUUCCCUCUCGCGUUAUGAUCACUGAAAUUGAUUCAAAGGACUCUAUGCUCAUAUCGAUGGAAAGCUUUUUAAAAUAUUUGGAUUCGCCAGAUUUCAUGGAUAAAUUUCAAGUGGAGCUACAAUUGUUUCACUCCGAUGAUAAGCUUAAGAGUUAUUUCAAAAUAUUGAAUGAAUACUCUGUUAAUUUUGAGUCAUGGAUUCGAAACUACGAAACAAUGAUGGCACAGGACAGUGAAAUAACAUUGAAACAGUACAAAAUACUACUCAAUGAGGGAGAUAAAAUAAACUCAUCGAUUUUUUCAACGGCAGCUGCGGGCGAACAACCAUACGAUCAACACCGAUUGAAUUUAUUUGGUGAGUAUUUAAACAAUUUGAGACAUUUUACGUCAAGCGCGACUCAGUUCAUCGAGGAUUGUCAAAACAUUUUGUCUCUUAAACACCAACAACGUAUUCGGAAUGGACAAGAUUCGUCGCUGCAGGAGCGCGCCUUUUCCCUCAAUGAGUUGACAAGUAUCGUUGAAAAAAUCCCAAGUUUAAAUUUCACUUGUCCGGAAAUUGACCAAAUAUUGGAACUCAAGACUGAAAUCGAAAAUUUUGACAAGGCUAGUCGCUCGCUAAUUUCCAAAAAGAAUAGGUCUCUACAAGAGUUUGAUGAUUUGAUUAGUCUUGGGGAAAGUUUCGGUUUGGACAUUCCGUCAUUGGAUUUCAUCAUUAGAAUAAGGGACCGAUUAAGAUGGAUCAAGACAUACAACUUGAUUGAAAAGGGAGUUGAUCCAUAUGCCGAUAAAAAGGAAGUUUUUUCGAUUGGUCAUUUGAAGGAAUUUUACAACACUGGUUUGAAGCUCUUAGCAGAAGGAGAUCUAGAAUAUAUCAAGCUGAUUGAAACGGUUUUGAAUCAAAGCAUUGUAUUCAACAAUGAUGUUAAAAGAUUUUUGCAGUAUACUUAUGUUCAUGAUUUAGACCUUGAUAAGUUAAAAUCAAUUGUUGACAAUUUUACGCAGGAAAAGUUGUUCAUAUCAAGCGAAAAUUACACAGUAUUGUCCAAAAUUCAUACAAAUAUGAAAUUGAUUAGUCUGUUCAAGGAGAAACAGAAAGCUAAUCAACUGACAUACCACGAGCUUAAGCAACUAUACAAUGCCAUUAUUGAUAGCGGGUUAGAGUUUGAAACUAGUAAGAUUCAAGAGGCAUUGAUAGAGACUGAGUCGUGGACUGGUAUUCAAUGGCUGAAAUUUAAUAAUGUUAAAAUCCUCACAACCAUGACUAACCUAGUCACCGAUGAUAACAUCAAUCCCAAACUCACCCUUCAUACCAAGCUUAUGGAGAAGCUCCAGUGGCUUUUAUACAAAUCGGAAUAUAACUUGUCAAGUGAUGACAAAUUUGAAGAAUCGUCUUCCUUUUCAAGUCACCAAGAAGAACAUGAUGACCCAAAGUUUUAUUGUGUUUGUCGAGAAUAUGAACAUGGAACCAUGGUCGAGUGUGAACAAUGCAGAGAGUGGUAUCAUGUACAAUGUGUAAAGGACAUUAGCAAUCCUAAGGAAGAUAUAUAUAAAUGUCCAGUGUGCUUAUUAUUGAGUCUGGGUCAAGAUAAAGACCGGUACCUAGCAUCUAAGUUGACCUUGAAUGAGGUGAUGGAUAUAUACCGUGUGGGUAAAGCGUUAAAAGCUGCACCAGUCAACGAAACAACGGUUAUGGGUGAUUUGAUCGAGCUUUUGAAAAGUUAUCGUGAUUAUAUUAAAUUGGGUGAGAUUUUGAAUGAAUCAAAUGAUCAAAUUCGGUUGGAAAAGUUGAUCUUUAUAGUGCGAAAGUUGUAUGGAUGUGGAUUGUUUAUUGAUGACUUAUACAUGGAAGUCUUGCAACACGCAAAAUUGGCUCAGAAAAUCAUUUUGGGAGAGGGAAAACAAAAUGAGCCUCUGGUUGUUGCCACUGCUUCAGGAGAUGAAACCGAACCGGAAUUUGAAAAUGGGACAAAUGAUGUCUUUGAACAAGAAUCUGUCGGUCAAAGAGAUCUACUUACUGUUGAACCUACAGCCAACGGGCAAUUUGCAAAAGAUCUGAAUGGUAUCGACAGACUGCAUUUGAAUGAGGUCGUACCGGAAAAUGGGACGAUAGAUGACAAAAGUAACAAGCAACUAAACUUUGUUUUCUAUGCACCUAACGAGACUACUCAUGAAUCCACUAUUCAGAAUGGGGUCUACAGCGUACCUACUGAUCAGCUCAGUUCACAAGCAGUUCCUCCAAUCACUUCCUCAGACGACUAUAGCGAAGCCACAAACCACACACUGACGAGCCUUGCUCCAGUUGAAGUUAAAAGGAACCAUCAUUUGGAGAUUUCGAGAGAUGGGUCUGUCCCAGAAGUAAGCGGGAGCCCCAAAAUUGAAGAACCCAAUCAGACAUUGCCAAAACCUGGUAGUGGCAAACACUCCUUUUGCAAGGAAGUAGUGCUUAAUGGCGUUGUAAGAAAUAACGGUUCUGAGAAUUCGGACAAUUCCAUGAAUAAUCAUGUGCUGGUGCUGAAAGAUCCUGAAAUCAAAAGUGGUCCGGAUGAAAAAGUUGAUUCUAUUGUAUCACAUUGA